AUGCAAGUUAGCGGCAUGACACUGCACGCGGGGAUGCACUUGGGAAUCGGCGGUGCAGUUGGAGAUGUUGCUGAUAUGUAUUCGUCGCCUGGCGAUCCCAUUUUCUACUUCAUCCACGGCGCUCUGGACAAGAUCUGGAACGAGUGGCAACGCAUGGACUGGCCAGCCCGUAAGAUGGACAUUGGCGGACCUGACAUUAUAUGGGCCUACUCUUUCAACUUCUUUGGAGACGUCGCCUACGAGAACAUCACUCUGCAGUACCCGUUGUCUUUCCCGAACUUCAGUGGGAGCAUGACUUUUGCUGAAAUGAUGGACAUUCAGGAGGAACCCUUUUGCUAUGAGUACGAAUGA